AUGGCCGGGUGCCGGUGGGGCGCGCUGUGGGCGUGCGUGGCGGCCGCCACCCUGCUGCACGCGGGCGGGCUGGCCCACGGCGACUGCUGGCUGAUCGAGGGCGACAAGGGCUUCGUGUGGCUGGCCAUCUGCAGCCAGAACCAGCCGCCGUACGAGGCCAUCCCGCAGCAGAUCAACAACACCAUUGUGGACCUGCGGCUGAACGAGAACCGCAUCCGCAGCGUGCAGUACGCCUCGCUGAGCCGCUUCGGCAACCUCACGUACCUCAACCUCACCAAGAACGAGAUCGCCUACAUCGAGGACGGCGCCUUCUCGGGCCAGUUCAACCUGCAGGUGCUGCAGCUGGGCUACAACCGCCUGCGCAACCUGACGGAGGGCGUGCUGCGCGGCCUGGGCAAGCUCGAGUACCUGUACCUGCAGGCCAACCUCAUCGAGGUGGUCACGCCCAGCGCCUUCUGGGAGUGCCCCAACAUCGUCAACAUCGACCUGUCCAUGAACCGCAUCCAGCGGCUCCACGGAGCCACCUUCGCGGGCCUGGCCAAGCUGUCCGUGUGCGAGCUGUACAGCAACCCCUUCUACUGCUCGUGUGAGCUCCUGGGCUUCCUGCGCUGGCUGGCGGCCUUCACCAACGCCACGCACGCCUACGACCGCAUGCAGUGCGAGUCGCCACCGCUCUACUCCGGCUACUUCCUCCUGGGCCAGGGCCGCCACGGCCACCGCAGCAUCCUGGGCAAGCUGCAGUCCGUGUGCACCGACGGCUCCUACGUGGCCGAGCCCCACCCGCCGCCGGGCCGGCCGCCGCCCGGCCGCUCCCCGCCCCCGCCGCCGCCCCCGCCGCCGCCCCCGGAGCCCAGCGAGGCCCCGUGCGCCGACGACGAGUGCUUCUCCGGCGACGGCACCACGCCGCUGGUGGCCCUGCCCACGCUGGCCCCCCAGGCCGAGGGCCGGCCCCUCAUGAAGGUCAAGCAGCUGACGCAGAACUCGGCCACCAUCACGGUGCAGCUGCCCAGCCCGUUCACCCGCAUGUACACGCUGGAGCACUUCAACAACAGCCGCUCGUCCACCGUGUCCAGGCUGACCAAGCCCCGGGAGGAGAUCCGCCUCACCAACCUGUACACGCUCACCAACUACACCUACUGCGUGGUGUCCACCAGCUCCGGGCUGCACCACAACCACACCUGCCUCACCAUCUGCCUGCCCAGGCCGCCCAGCCCGCCGGGCCCCGUGCCCAGCCCGUCCACGGCCACGCACUACAUCAUGACCAUCCUGGGCUGCCUGUUCGGCAUGGUGCUGGUGCUCGGCGCCGUCUACUACUGCCUGCGCAGGCGGAGGCGGCAGGAGGAGAAGCACAAGAAGGCGGCCGCGGCCGGCAGCCUCAAGAAGACCAUCAUCGAGCUCAAGUAUGGGCCCGAGAUGGAGGCGCCCGGCCUGGCCCCGCUGUCCCAGGGCCCGCUGCUGGGCCCCGAGGCCGUGACCCGCAUCCCGUACCUGCCGGCGGCCGCCAGCGAGGUGGAGCAGUACGAGCUGGCCGAGGGCGGCGGCACGCCCAAGGCCGGCAAGGGCAACUACAUGGAGGUGCGCGCGGGCGAGCAGGCCGAGCGCAGGGACGGCGAGCUGGGCCGGCCCGGCCCCGACAGCCAGAGCUCCGUGGCCGAGAUCUCCACCAUCGCCAAGGAGGUGGACAAGGUCAACCAGAUCAUCAACAACUGCAUCGACGCGCUCAAGUCCGAGGCCACCUCCUUCCAGGGCGGCAAGUCCGCGGCCGCGGCCGCCGCCGAGCCGCAGCUGAUGCUGCUGUCCGAGCCCCUGGCCGCCAAGCACGGCUUCCUGUCCCCCGUCUACAAGGACGCCUUCGGCCACGGCCUGCAGCGGCACCACAGCGUGGAGGCAGCCACCGGGCCCCCGCGCGCCGGCCCCGCGUCCGGCGGCUCCGCGCGCAGCCCGCGGGCCUUCCGCGCCGAGGGCCCCGGCGGGCACAAGGCCGCGGCCGCCGAGGCCAAGUACAUCGAGAAGAGCUCCCCCGCGCCCGACACCAUCCUCACUGUGACGCCCGCGGCCGCCGUGCUGCGGGCCGAGGCCGAGAAGGGCCGCCACUACGGCGAGCACCGGCACUCGUACCCCGGCUCCCACCCCGCCGAGCCGCCCGCGCCCCCCGCGCCCCCGCCACACGAGAGCCUGGGCGGCCGCAAGGCGUCCAUCCUGGAGCCGCUGACCCGGCCGCGGCCCCGCGACCUGGCCUACUCGCAGCUGUCCCCGCAGUACCACAACCUGAGCUACUCCUCCAGCCCCGAGUACGCCUGCAGGGCCUCCCAGAGCAUCUGGGAGCGCUUCAGACUCAGCCGCCGGCGCCACAAGGACCACGAGGAGUUCGUGGCGGCCGGCCACGCCCUGCGCAAGAAGGUUCAGUUCGCCAAAGACGAGGAUCUACACGACAUCCUGGACUACUGGAAGGGCGUGUCGGCCCAGCACAAGUCCUGAGCCCGCGGCCGCGCCCGCCCCGCCCCCACCCCGAAACGCGCGACGCCCAGGGGACCAAGAAGGACACAGGACCCACCGCAGCCAUUUGUAACCCAGAGACUGCCACGAAACGCCACACCCACGCGCGCACACAGACACACACACACAGACACACACACACAGACACGCACACGAGGGACUUCCGAAAACUGUGUCUGGGCGUGGGGGUGGGGGAGGGGACUCUUUUUUCAUUAUCUUUCCUCUUGGAUUCUUCUCUGCCGCCUUUAUCUUCCUCUCUGUCUUUAUUUUCUUCCUUUUUUAAGAAAAAAUAAUAAAAGUAAAGUUCUCUUAAAAAGACAUAAAACACCAGACGUGGGGGUAUGGCCGGCGUGGCCUCCCGGCUUCCCCCCCCCGCCACGAUUGCCUCUGUCUGUGGUUUGCUGUGCAUUCUCUCCUCGGUCUGUCUCUUGGCUGCUGACUCCGGAGGCCACCAGAGAGAGGCAGAGCCAACGCAGGCGGCCGGGUGGCCUCCAGGACCCCCGCCCGGAGCCCUGCAGGGGAGGCUGUGGGGAGGGCCUUGCCCCGGGGACGGCUGUCGGGGGUGGCUGGAAGGGGCGUGGUCCACGAGCAUGUGCUCCGGCCCGUCCCCCCUGUAUGCUGUCAUCCCGUUGUUCAGAAAAAUAUUUCUAUAUUUGCAAUGUUUGCUGUAAAUCGAGAAAGAGACUAUAUCUACUAAAAAAAAAAAAAUUCUA